UAAAGUGUACCCUACACAGCCAAAUCAUUUUCAAAAUGGCUGACGCCGGGAAUAUUCGUUCGGCUUUAGCUAACCCAACGGGCUGGCAAAGUCUGAUCAUUUUCACUGUUCUAACUUUAGCUUGGUUGACUGGCUUUAGCUCUAGAUUAUUUGCAGUAAUUCGAUUUGAGAGUAUUAUUCACGAGUUUGAUCCAUGGUUCAAUUAUAGAUCAACUCAUUAUAUGGUUGAACAUGGCUUUUAUAAUUUUCUUAACUGGUUUGACGAAAGAGCAUGGUAUCCUCUCGGAAGGAUCGUCGGGGGAACUGUAUACCCCGGCUUGAUGGUUACAUCAGGAUGCAUUCAUUGGAUACUAUCAUUUUUGCAUAUAACUGUGCAUAUUAGAGACAUAUGUGUAUUUUUAGCACCUGUUUUUAGUGGACUCACUGCCCUAUCCACCUAUUUUCUUACCAAAGAAUUAUGGAAUCCGGGAGCUGGCCUUUUCGCUGCUUGCUUCAUAGCGAUAGUUCCUGGUUAUAUUAGUCGUUCUGUGGCUGGUAGUUACGAUAAUGAGGGAAUCGCUAUAUUUGCCCUUAUGUUCACUUACUAUUUAUGGAUAAAAUCGGUUAAAAGUGGCAGUUUAUACUGGAGUGCUUUUACUGCUUUGGCUUAUUUUUAUAUGGUUUCAGCAUGGGGUGGCUAUGUAUUUAUUAUUAAUCUCAUCCCGUUGCACGUAUUCGUUUUGUUGUUAAUGAAUAGGUAUUCUCACAGAGUUUAUGUUGCAUAUUCAACCUUUUAUACUGUGGGAUUAAUUUUAUCUAUGCAAAUUCCUUUUGUUGGUUUCCAACCUAUUCGCACAAGUGAACAUAUGGCUGCUGCAGGUGUUUUUGCUUUAAUCAAUGCAUACGCAUGUUUAAAGUAUUUGCAAAGUAUCUUGUCGGCAAAAGCGUUGAAACAAUUCUUCAUAAUUUCCGUUGCUGUAACAGCAGUUGUUGUAUUCAUUGCCGUUGUUGGUUUAACUUAUCUAGGUUACAUUGCACCCUGGUCUGGUAGAUUCUACUCUUUGUGGGACACUGGCUAUGCUAAAAUUCACAUUCCAAUUAUUGCAUCCGUCUCUGAACAUCAACCAACAACCUGGGUUUCAUUCUUUUUCGAUCUUCAUAUUCUGAUCGCAACUUUCCCAGCUGGAGUUUGGUUUUGUAUAAAAGACAUAAAUGAUGAAAGAGUUUUCAUUGUUUUAUAUGCCAUAUCAGCUGUAUAUUUUGCUGGUGUAAUGGUUCGACUAAUGCUGACACUUACCCCAGUAGUUUGUGUUUUAUCAGCUAUUGCUUUUUCGCAAGUACUAUCAAUCUAUCUAAAAGACGACACUAAAACUGAACAAUCUGCUUCUGAAAGUCAACCUAGGGAUAACACCGAAAAACUUUACGAUAAGCCAUCAAAAGUACUCAAAAAGUCUCAAGCUCCUUCGGAUGAAAUUGAAGGUGACGGUGAAGGAAUCGGAAUGAAUAUUAAGUCAAUUGUAGUUGUUCUCAUGAUGAUGAUGCUUAUGUUGUUUGCCGUUCAUUGUACCUGGGUAACAAGCAACGCUUACUCUAGUCCAAGUAUUGUGCUAUCUUCUGGUGGACAUGACGGUUCCAGAAACAUAUUAGACGAUUUUCGUGAGGCUUACUACUGGUUAAGACAAAAUACUGAUGAUAAGGCAAGAGUUAUGAGUUGGUGGGAUUAUGGUUAUCAGAUAGCGGGGAUGGCAAAUCGGACAACUUUAGUGGACAAUAACACUUGGAAUAAUUCACAUAUAGCUUUAGUCGGAAAAGCAAUGUCUUCAAACGAGACUGCUGCUUACGAAAUAAUGAGAUCUUUGGAUGUUAACUAUGUUCUGGUAAUAUUUGGAGGAGUAAUCGGUUAUUCAGGAGACGAUAUAAAUAAAUUCUUAUGGAUGGUUAGAAUUGCUGAAGGAGAACAUCCACGAGACAUUAGAGAAUCUGAUUAUUUCACACAAAAUGGCGAAUUUAGGGUUGACAAUGCGGGAUCAAAGACACUCUUGAACUGUUUAAUGUACAAAAUGAGCUAUUACAGAUUUGGCGAUUUGCAGCUGGAUAUGAGAACCCCUCCGGGAUUCGAUAGAACUAGAAAUGUUGAAAUAGGAAACAAAUAUUUUAAACUCACUCAUUUAGAAGAAGCAUAUACCACUGAACAUUGGCUUGUGAGAAUAUACAAGGUUAAGGAUUUAGCAAAUAGACCUAAGCUGACGAAACUAAAAAAAAGAAUUCGUCAUAUCACAACGAAAAAAACUAUUAAAAGAAGAAAGGGAACAAUCAAAGAUAAAAUAAAAGUUAUCAAAGGCAAGAGACCAUCGAAAAAGAGAACUUAAAACCAGUUGCGGCCAUACCUAGUCAUGUGAUGAACUAAGUAACAAUUGAUCAAAUAAUUAACAUUUUGUUGUUAGAAAUCGUUGUUUUUUUGUACAUACGAUAGUGCCUUUGUGCGUAAGAAAGUUUUUGAGUAUCUUGAUUGUAUAAACUAAAAAACUAACGAUACAUAAAAUAAUGGCUGCGAAAUAUAUAGUAGGAAUUUUUGUGCUGAAUUAAUGUUAUCCUGUAAUGUAUAUACCUAUACAUACAAAUAUACAUAUAUAUAUAUAUAUAUAUAUAUAUAUAUGUAUAUAUAUA